CAAAGUGGGAUCUUCUGUCCCUCAAAUCAGAUGAGCAACAACAGGAGCAGGCUUCAGUAGUCUGGAACGUUCGAGAGACCGUUUCGAUCAUCCUCUGCUGGCAGGCAUGGUACACCCUCUGCUUCUACCAUGAGGGAAACCAAGGAAUCCAAGAGAGGACGACUACGACACAUUUGGGCCAAAAGAUGACCGUGGUGUCUCAGCCGUUCCAGCUCUCUGUCCUUUUCCUUGAUAGUGGCCACCAAUCUCUGCAUUGCCUCUUCAGACUGUACCAGCCUCUGACGGAGUUCAGAAAUUUCACUAGAAUGCAAAAGGAACAAAAGCAGUCUGUUAGCAUGGCACAUCUUGACAUGACACUAUAUGCCCACUCUUCUUUGCAAAAACAGGACAUCUCCUGUGCACAGCCCUCUUCAGAUCACCCCAUAGAUGUUUAAUUGGAUUCAGGUCUGGGCUUUGGCUGGGCCAUUCCAAAACGUUAAUCUUCUUCUGGCGAAGCCAUGCUUUUGUGGAUUUGGAUGUGUGCUUUGGGUCAUUGUCGUGCUAAAAGGUCUUCAUCUUCAGCUUCUGAACGGAUGCCUGACGGUUUUGUGCAGAUAGUACGUAUCUGAAGAUGAUGAUAACGCUCAGCAGCGGGCAGGGUUGUGCCUGCGACUGUGCAAGUGCUGCAGUGACGCACAGAGAUGCUAAGGUUACCACAGAUACAGGAUUCAGAAAACAUCUGUAUCUGGUACACAGUGCUGCAGCUUUCACUAAGGAGGACGCACGAAGUCGAAGCUGAAAGAUUUAACUAGCUUUACAAGACAGCGAGACAUAAAGAGCCAGAGAGCAUGGCUGGAAUACCUCAGCUGGAGAGAGACAUGAUGACCAAAGCUCGGCGCAAAUAUCCACUCUGCCAGGACCCCGUGGAGAAGCUGAGGCUUCAGUGCCUUGCUAGAGGGGCAUCUGGAAUUAAAGGCCUGGGAAGGGCUUUUAGAAUCAUGGAUGAUAACAGGAGUAACGGUCUGGACCUAGAAGAACUCUCCAAGGGUCUCCAGACAUAUGGGUUAUUCCUACAGCCUGAAGAGGUGCAGGAAAUCUUCCAACGGUUUGACACAAAUGGAAAUGGUACUAUUAACUUUGAUGAGUUCCUGAACUCCGUUAGGCCCCCAAUGUCAAAUUGCCGAAGACAGGUCAUACUGGAUGCCUUCAGUAAAAUGGACAGGACAGGAGAUGGGGUGAUCACCAUUGAAGAUCUCAAGGGCGUCUACAACCCUAAGUGUCACCAGAAAUACAGGAACGGAGAGUGGAAUGAGAAGCAGGUGUUCCAGAGUUUUCUGGACAACUUUGAUUCAUCCAAUAACAAGGAUGGGCAGGUGACAGAGGAAGAAUUCCUGAAUUACUAUAGCGGAGUCAGUGCCUCUAUAGAUAGUGAUGCUUACUUUGUUGUCAUGAUGAAGAAUGAGUGGAAGAUAUAAGUCUCUGCUUAAACGAAUUUAAGCUACACAGAGAAAAGAAA